AUGAUAAUAUCCAUUUCUGUUCAUCUAUCUAUCUAUCUAUCUAUCUAUCUAUCUAUCUAUCUAUCUAUCUAUCUAUCUCAUUCUUUUCAUUAUCUAUCUCUAUCUAUCUAUCAUCUAUCUCAUCUAUCUAUCUAUCUAUCUAUCUAUCUCAGUCUUUUCAUUAUCUAUCUAUCCUAUCUUUUCAUCUAUCUAUCUAUCUAUCUAUCUAUCUAUUAUCUAUCUAUCUAUCUAUCUCUCAGUCCUUUUCCUUAUCUAUCUUUCUUUUUAUCUAUCUAUCAUAUCUAUCUAUCUAUCUAUCUAUCUAUCUCAGUCCUUUUCCUUCUAUCUAUCUAUCUAUUCUCUCCUAUCUAUCUAUCAUCUAUCUAUCUAUCUCCAUCUAUCUAUCUCUCCCUUUUCCUUUCUCUAUCUAUCUCAUCUAUCUAUUAUCUAUCUCAUCCUAUCUAUCUAUCUAUCUAUCUUAGUCCUUUUCAUUAUCUAUCAUGUAUCUUUUAUCUAUUAUCUAUCUAUCAUCUAUCUAUCUCCUCCUUUAUCUAUCUAUCUAUCUAUCUAUCUAUCUCAGUCCUUUUCAUUAUCUAUCUAUCUAUCUCAGUCCUUUUCAUUAUCUAUCUAUCUAUGUAA